AUGCACCCCCACACUCAGAAAGGGAAGGAGGGAGAAGGAGAACCGUCGACGUCGGGAACGAGGCGCAGGCCCGGCCCCCUAAGCUCUAAAAGAGCGGGGAGCCCGGGUCGGGCCGGGACCGAUGCCGACGAUAAUGAGUUACACGGAAUUCGGCUGGACUGCUACGUGAACCUCCGCAGCAGCGCACUCUCGCCCCCGCCGGCAGGGGGGACGGUGCGAGAUGUGAUCGCGGAUUGGGCGGAGGGUUCUUCGUCGGCCGCCACCAUCGGGGUCGGCAGCGAGGUGGAGAGUGCCUCAAUGUCGGCCCAGGACUCGGGCGCGAGCGGGAAAUCGCACAGGUCCGCGUCCGGAGCGACGAAGAGAGGAAAGAGCUCCAGCCGAAGCUCAAAGCGGCGGAAGGUAGUUGCCGUUAGAAAUCGGCCCCCUGCCAGAGGACUUGGAAGGCCGGUGGUUACUGGCGAGGGGGUUGAGUUAGCGGCCAGGCGGGAGGCGCGCCGAGAACUCGAGGAUCUGAAACGACAGAUCCGCGAAUAUAAAGCGAUCCUAGAGGGGAACUAUAACCCCAGAGAAUACCCUGCCGCCAGGAAAAAGCGGGAGGAGGAGCUACGGGAAAUGGUUCCCAACCUCCCCUCCAGUGACUUGGUGGCACGGUUGUUGGAAACGGCCCAAGGGAUCGACAACGUGGCUGCUUCCUCGAGGAACCUGAAGGGUUCUUUCGUCGAGGUGCUGAGGGACGGGGCCCUCUUCGUACAAAUGGCGGCGGAUGCCCUCUAUACAAGGGCCAACGCAGCCCAGGGGGAGAGGCUCGAGGAGGAGAACAAAGCCCUACGCAGGGAAUUGGAGCUCCUCCGAAAAGAGAGGGAGAGUGCGCAAGGGAACACCCAACCACAAAAAGGGAAGGGUAAGGCCCCCGCACAAAAGGGAGGAAAGGAGACAGGCGCACGGGUGGCAACUCCUGCUACCCCUACGCCCGGACCCUCCACGGCGAUUGAGCAGCCGUGGACAGAGGUCCUAGGCCGCAAGGCGAAGCAGGCGGCAACCAAAGCGGCCAAGGCCGCUACAGGGACCCGCCAGGCUCCCCCCCAGAAGCCCAUUGGAAAGGGACAACAGGGGGGAGGGACUGGGAAAAAGGCCCCGAAAAGGAGGGUGCCGCGCACGUCGGCCGUCGCCCUGACGUGCCCGCAAGGGCAAUACGCCAAGGUGGUGGCCGAGGUCCGCGCCAGGGUGGACAUAGGGGCGUUGGGCAUCGGUGGUCGCAUAAACACCAGGCAAGCGGCCACCGGUGCCACCAUCUUUGAGGUGUCCGGGGAGGGACACUCGGAUAAGGCCGAUCAGCUCGCGACGAAGAUAAGGGAGGCCAUACAGGGCAAAGAAGGCGUGCGGGUUGACCGGCCUGUUAAAACAGGCGAAGUCAGGGUGAGGGGGCUAGAGCUCUCCAUUAGGACGGAGGAGGUGGUGGCCGCCGUUUCGGCGGGGGCCCAGUGCGAUCCCCUGUGCGUGCAGCACAAGGGGAUACAGCAGGCCGACAGGGGAGCGGGGAGCAUGUGGCUCCGCCUCCCCCUGGCGGCAGCGAAGAAGGUGGCACAGACGGGCCACUUAAUGGUGGGGUGGUCCCGCGCGAAAGUGGAUCUCCUCAAGGUGCGCCCGAUGAGGUGCUUCAAGUGCCUCGAGGGGGGACACACGCGCGGGAACUGCCCCAGCGAAGUGGACAGGUCGGGGAGGUGCUACCAAUGCGCGGGCACCGGGCACACCUCCCGGGACUGCCGGGCUCCCCAGAAAUGCCCACUUUGCGUGGACCUGGGGAGGCCGGCAGGGCAUACUUUGGGAGCUAAGCAAUGCUCCCAAAGAAAAAUAAAGGGGGGGGGGGGCACCUGGCCCGCGGCAGGGGUCGCGAACAGGGGCUUCCCAGGAGGCCGGACCGUCGAGGCCUACCGACGCGAUGGAGGUGGAGGUGGCGAGGAGAGGCGUGCAGGAGGGGGAACAGCCCCCCCUCAUGCAGCGCCUCACCCGCUCUAA